AUGACAUCUCUUCGAUUUAGCUCUUUCUCCACUGGCACCGGACUAUCUCCGCCGAACGUCAGAAUCACCCGGUGUCCAAAGCCUCUGUUUGUCCGCUGCUCUAACGGAGAUGCUUCUCCGCCGUCGAUGGCCGAUAGCUCUGACUUCGAUGCCAAAGUUUUUCGUCAUAAUUUGACUAGAAGCGACAACUACAACCGGAAAGGGUUCGGGCGUAAAGCGGAGACUCUUGACCUCAUGAAUCAAGAGUACACCAGUGAUAUCAUAAAGACAUUGAAGGAGAACAAUUACGUAUACACAUGGGGAAAUGUUACUGUGAAGCUUGCAGAAGCUUAUGGCUUUUGCUGGGGUGUUGAACAUGCCAUUCGACUUGCUUAUGAAGCAAGGAAACAGUAUGAUGAUGAGAAGAUUUGGAUCACAAACGAAAUCAUUCACAAUCCUACUGUUAAUAAGAGGCUAGAAAAGAUGGAGAUUAAAGACAUCCCCAUUAAAGAUGGAGAGAAACAGUUUGAUGUGAUUGAUAAAGGAGAUGUUGUGGUUUUGCCUGCUUUUGGGGCUGCAGUCAAUGAGAUGUUGACUUUGAAGAAUAAACAAGUUCAAAUAGUAGAUACAGCAUGUCCUUGGGUAUCUAAGGUAUGGAAUAGUGUUGAAAAGCACAAGAAAGGGGAUUAUACUUCUAUAAUUCAUGGGAAAUAUUCCCAUGAAGAGACCAUAGCAACAGCAUCUUUUGCAGGAAAGUAUGUCAUUGUGAAGAAUAUGGAUGAGAAAUUCAAAUAUGCAAUUUCUAAGGAUUUUAAUCCAGAUAUGGAUCUUGUGAAAGCCGGUGUAGCAAACCAAACUACAAUGCUCAAAGGAGAAACUGAGGAGAUUGGGAAAUUACUAGACAAGACUAUGAUGCGUAAAUAUGGAGUAGAAAAUAUCAAAAAUCACUUCAUAAGUUUCAACACCAUUUGUGAAGCUACUCAAGUGCGACAAGAUGCAAUGUAUAAAUUGGUGGAUGAAAACUUGGAUGUUAUGUUGGUGGUUGGUGGAUGGAAUUCAAGCAACACUUCACACCUACAAGAAAUCGCAGAGGAUCGUGGCAUUCCAUCUUAUUGGGUCGAUAGUGAACAAAGAGUGGGUCCCGGAAAUCACAUAACUUAUAAAUUAAUGCAUGGUGAGUGUGUUGAGAAGAGAAAUUGGCUACCGAAAGGACAUGUAACAAUUGGUGUCACAUCUGGUGCAUCCACUCCUGAUAAGGUUGUUGGAGAUGUUCUAAUGAAGGUAUUUGAGAUCAAACGUGAAGAAAUAAAUUAA